GCAAUAGUUUCAAAUGGAGUGGAGAUGGUUACAUUUUCAGCUUUAUAGCUAGCUGAAACUCAUGAUUCCUGGAGUUGUGUCCUUGCAAACAAGGGUUGAUGCUUUCAGCCAGCUUAUCUCUCCUGAAUGGACCUAACCUAGUAGAAGGUUACAAGAAAGACACUGACCAGAAUCCCUGGAGAGCUGCACAGGUGGUCUAUCAAGCUGAUCUUCAUAGACCAAUCACAGGACUCAGCAUAAGGCAGUUUUUCAUGUGCCUUUACACUUUUGCCUCUUUCACACAGACCAACAGGCUCUCUACCUGACUCCAUCCACAGCCUGCCUGACACUGUAACCACAGCACCACGCUGGCUUGUUAUAGAUUGCAACAGGUAUGAAAAAGGAGCAAUGGCAGCGGCGGCGGCGUGUGGGCUACAGAGGAUGAUCAGAAAGUAAGACGCGGGGGGAGAUCCAGCCUCCCCAUCCUAGCCAGGCCAUUCUCCUUCUCGGCCUUCCCUCCCCUCUGCUCCCAUCCGCCCAUCUUCGGUGACUCAACCGGGCUCAGUUCCUGGGCGUGGCUGGAGCUCUGCGGAGGGAAGUUGCUUGAAGUGGUGAGAGACGACUCAGAGCUUGAAGAUCCGACCUCCCUCCUCUCUCCCCCCCCCCUCCGCCAACUUAAGUCAAUAGAAACUUCAUAGUCUGGCUCUUUGCAACCCGGAGGAGCUCUUUCGCCUCCUGCCAACCUGUCCCCGUCAUGGCUGAAGAGCAGCCUCAGGUGGAACUCUUCGUAAAGGCUGGGAGUGAUGGAGCCAAAAUUGGGAACUGCCCCUUCUCUCAGAGACUCUUCAUGGUCCUUUGGCUCAAGGGAGUGACCUUUAACGUCACCACAGUGGACACCAAAAGGAGGACUGAGACAGUGCAGAAGCUCUGCCCAGGAGGUCAGCUGCCAUUCUUGAUGUAUGGGAGUGAGGUCCAUACGGACACCAACAAGAUUGAAGAGUUUCUGGAAGAGGUUCUGUGCCCUCCCAAGUACCCCAAACUGGCUGCUCGCAACCCCGAAUCCAACACAGCUGGGCUUGAUGUCUUUGCCAAGUUUUCUGCCUACAUCAAGAACUCAAAUCCAGCACUCAACUGCAACCUCGAGAAAGGUUUGCUGAAGGCGCUGAAGGUGCUGGACAACUAUUUGAUGACACCACUCCCUGAGGAGGUGGAUGAGAACAGCGCUGAGGAUGAGGGCCAGUCAGACCGCAAAUUCCUCGAUGGGGAUGAACUCACACUGGCGGAUUGCAACCUGCUGCCCAAGCUUCACAUUGUCAAGGUGGUGUGUAAGAAAUACCGUGGCUUUGCCAUCCCCGAAGAAUUCCGCGGCAUCCACCGUUAUCUCAAGAACGCUUACGCCCGCGAGGAAUUUGCCAGCACCUGCCCGGACAAUGAAGAGAUCGAAAUAGCUUAUGAGCUAGUUGCCAAAGCUUUGAAAUAACACACUUCAGCAGAAGGAAAGAGAUUGGGAAGCGGGGGGUGGGGGGUAGGGGUUCAGUACCAGGGAAAUGGGGGGGUUGGGACCAAGUGAAUAAUAUGUUUAUGUAUGUGCUUAUGUUUGAUGGGUGGGGUCAGGGAUGUCUGUUUCUGAGGAGGGAGAAACCAAUUUGAAUUUAAAUAUAAACAAGAAUAAAAUACAUGUUUUUAAAAA